GUAGCAAUUUGUAAGACUGGUGCCCUCCGCUCUACAAAGUACAGUGGACAGAGAAUGGAUGUAGGUGUUAAGGAUUUUGAGGAUGUCGCUGUGUACUUUUCUGAGGAGGAAUGGCGCACCCUACGUGAAGAACAGAAGAAGAAUCUUUACAAAGAUGUGAUGAUGGAAAAUUACCAGGCCCUGAGCUCCCUUGAAAAUGCCUGCAGAAAGCCAGAAAUGAUAUGUAAAACUGAGAGAGGGAAGGAACCAACUGCAAAGAGUCAGCCGCAAUGAGGAGGAGGAAACUCCAAUGGCCUGCAUCAUUGUGAGGCCUGAGAUGGUAGCCAAUCUUCCAGAACUACUGACCGAUGAUGAGUUAUCAGACUGCAUCUACCUGGAAAUUGAUUCAGACUCAGAAACUGAGCAAGAAAGAAAGUCAUAUGUGGACAACCCUGGACAAUCCGAGGAUGAUGAUGAUUGCUCAGACUGUGUGUAUGUGAAGACUGAGCACAUCUCAACAUCAGGAGAAGAGAAAGAGACCAGUCUGAGCGAUCAAGAAGCCCUGUAUGAUGAUGAUGAUUCUUCAGACUGUAUGUAUGUGGAGCCUGACAGUCUAUCAGAAUCAGAAGAGAAACAGGAAGCCGGGGAGAGGCAUUCUGUGAACUAUGAUGAGGAUGACGAAGAUGACGUCGAAGAAGACGAUGAUGAUGAUCACUCUUCAGACUGUUUCUGCGUGGAUCCAGAACCUGUCCACAAGAUUGAUUGGAAGGAAAAGGUGAAAAUUAAGGAAGAGUUUAAAGAGGAGAAGAUUUCUUCCACGGAUGUGAAGACAACAAAAAGCAAUACCCCUUCCAAUGGCAAUGAUACCAAGCCAAUGACUGCUGAAAAUGUUGCUGAAAUUGAGUGGAUAGUAGAAGAUGUGGUCACCCCAUUGCCCCAACAAGACCCAUCCAGUAAGGCAGAGGUAAACUACUGGUUUGUGAAGAGGGUGGCGACAAACAACCACAAUGACAGGUCCUCCCAUUCCCCUCGUGGUCAGGAUCAACAAGACCAUAAAACUUCCUCACACCCUAAUCCAUCUGUAAAAGAACACUGUAAAAAGCAAAUAUCUCCUAGAGACUUGCGGUUCAUUUGCCCGGUGUGUCCAGAAACGUUUGGGGUGUCUCAGAAUUCUUUGAGCAUCAGAAAAUCCAUGACAAUGUUUGUCCAGAAUGCGGGGAACAGUUUUCUGAUAAGUCAGCUCUUGAAGGACAUCUACUACUUCACCUGGAAGACAAGAUACGCAUAUGUGAGGAGUGUGGUCAGUGUUUCGGCACUCAGGCCGAGUUGGAGACCCACCUGAGGACUCACAAAGGAGAUAAGCAAUGGCUGUGUAAUCAGUGCGGAAAAUGUCUUUACUCAAAGUCUGGUCUUGACAGGCACCGGCUCAUCCAUAUACGAGAUAGACUUGUACCUUGUCCGCAAUGCGGAAAAUGUUUUGCAAAACAGUCAAACUUUGAAAUGCACUUGCGUCUCCACGCUGGCGAAGAGAUGUACCCGUGUACGCUGUGCGAAAAACUCUUCCCCACAAAAUCUGCCUGUGAAAGGCACAUCAGAGCCCACACCAUGGAGCGUCCCCAUGCCUGCCCAGAAUGUGGCAAGAGAUUCCUGUACAAUGGCUGUCUAAUUAAACACAUGCGUGUUCACACAGGGGAAAAACCAUAUGUCUGUGAUCUAUGUGGGAGACGGUUUGCCCAAAGCUCCAGUCUGAACAGCCACCGGCGGCUGCACGAGGAUGAAAAGCCUUUUGUUUGUACGGAAUGUCAGAAGUGCUUUAGCAAGAAAUUCAAUUAUGAGAUGCACAUGAAAAUUCACGCCAAGGAAAGGCUGAUUGAACAAUUAGCUCGACUAAAAUGUGACAGUGGUGAUAAGAUCCUGACGCUUUCUGGGGAGGCGGAUAAUAGUAAACCUUCUAACCAUGCCAUGUUUACUGAGAAGACUGCUUUGGACAUCAGGGUGUCGGAUGUUGGUGUUUCAGCCAGUGAAAGCGCCAGUAGAGGUGUUGUCAAGAUCCCAGGUUCAGAUAUCUUACCUGGAGGUAGGCCCACCGGAGAUGUCAUGUUGGACAAGACUCUGCUUGCCUCUUUUAAUAAAUCUACUAAAGAUGUCGCUGUUAAUGACAGCUCUUUAGGAGAUGCUACUGGUGCACCACCCAAUAAAGAUUCCUCAUUUGGUGAGGGCGCUGUGAGUGAUGGCUUAUCAGGCAACACACCAGAUAAAGAUGUCUCACUAAGUGAUGAGUCCAUAAGAUAUGUCUCACCUAGUGACAGGCCCAGAACAGGUGUCUCCUUGAAUGAAAACAUAUCCAUAGAUGUCUCUCUUAGCGAGUCAUCCAUGACAGAUGAAUCAUUUGGUGAGAUGUCCGAUGAUGACCUCCUAAACGAGGAACUGUGGCAAUCAAAUCCGGAAGAACGUCAACACAUCUGUCCCGAGUGUGGGAAGAGCUUCCUCUACAAUGGCUGCCUGGUCAAGCACCUGCGGACCCAUACGGGAGAGAGACCUUUCGGUUGCCCGGAAUGUGGAAAAUCUUUUUCACAGAAGUCCACGCUCAACUGCCACAUUAGAAGUCACACGGGCGAACGGCCCUUUUUGUGCCCACUGUGCGGUAAAGGCUUCACUAGCCAGUCCCACGUUGCCCGUCACCAGGUGGUUCACCGGUCAGACCAAUCAUUCUCAUGUAACGGGUGUGGGAAAGAGUUUACGGUGAGGUCUUAUUUGUUAAAACACCAGAGGAGAAAAAACUGUGUUAGAAAACUC